AUGGCAAUAGGCUCAACCCAAAAAUCAAGUAUUGGUUUUCUUUUAUCAGGUCCACCAGCUGAAGAAACAGUUUCAAUUGGUCCAAAGACAAGUAUAAGGUCCACCAAUGCAAAAAGAAGACAGAUAAUAAGACCCAAGAACCCCAAGUUUUCAUUGAAAUUGAUUCAACAACCUUCACAUGCAAAAGUUUCACCAAGGCCACCAAGCCGUGUGUUCCCUCCCUUUUCAGAACAUCGUCCAAUUCAUCCACCACCUGUACUACAAUUAAGAGUGGACGAUUUUAAAUUCAAGAAUGAUCCUGCGUUCUUAGAUGAUGAUUUUUUAGAUCGCCUUCAUGAUACUAGUGAUCCAAGAUCAAGUGAAAGAAUUGAAGAAUUGAAGAUUAUUAAAGACAUGAGAUCAUGUAAGAUACCAUCUUGGGCACAUUAUUCAACAUUUUUCGUUACUGUGAGGCUUCAAACUGUUAAAGGUCAAAAUGAAAAGGUUUUGUUCAAUAAUAAAGCUGAGAAAUCCGUUGAUGACUUACUGAUUGGUAUAAAAGUUUGUUCAGGAAUGGCCAUAUCAUUAAGAACUUCAUCUCCUGCAAAUUCAUUUUUAAACAAAACUUUACCAGGUGAGAAACCCAAAAGUAGUAAUUAUGCUAUAGCUUUUGUAUUUUCAGAUUUAUCAGUUAGAAAAAUUGGUACUUUCAAUUUGAAAUUUGAUCUUUUUGAAGUUUUUCAAGGUAAAAUUUAUUGGAGAAAUGAACUUGUUUCAGAUAAUUUUACUGUUUAUACACCAAAAAAAUUUCCUGGAUCUUUUCCUUCAACGGCCUUGACAAGUUUUCUUUAUAAACAUGGAGCAAGAAUAAGACAAAGAAAAAGAGUUAAUAAUUCAAAUAACAGAGAUAAUAAUGGUUCUACAAGAAAGUUUGCAGAACUUGAAGAUGAUCAAGAUGAAGAUUCAAACUAUUCAAUGAGAAGGUUCAACUCAUCAAGUUCAACUUUGAAGAAUCCUCCAGAAAAGUUACCUAAGAUUCAAGAUGGUCCAUUCAUGCUGUAUCAACAACCAGCCCAACAUCAAUCGUAUCAAACCGUUAUACAAACUCCAAGACCAGUACAAUUUUAUCAAAUCUCUCCAAUAAAUUCACAAUUACAACCGCCAGUUCAAAUUCAUAGUCAACAAAAAUCUCAAUCACCUCAUCUACAACCUUCACCAGAACACAUACAGGCACCACAACAAACCAAGUUACCCUCAGUUGGUCAUUUUCAUGAGCCUGUAUAUGUAUACCCACCAUCUUUGCCACAACAUCAGCACCGAUAUCAAAGAGUUUUACCUCAACAUAUGGUUCCGGCUCCACCACUUCAACUUUCUCAACAACAAUCUGGUGUGACCUAUGCUUAUCAAACUCAUGAUCCAAAUCAAACACCUACAUUAAUUCAAAGAAUUCCAAUAACCACUGGCCCUUAUUAUCAACAAUCGAGCUCUAUGUUUACUCCUCAACAUCCAAUGGUUCAUCAAGUUCAACAAAUCCAGCCAAUUCAACACCUCCCACAACAUUCACAUCAAGUUACAACACAACAAUUAUCACCAAGAUCCCAACAAGGUCAAAGUGGACAGACAUUAUCACAAAUACAACAAGUUCAAACUUCAAUAACAAUUCAACAACAACAGCAUCAACAACAACAACCACAACGACCUCCACAACAUGAAGGUAAACCUUUGAUCAAACCAACACAAAGUGGUCCAACAUCUAAUUUACCACCACAAGUGAACGGUUAUACGAAUUUUAAUUAUGGACAACCUAAUGGUCAAUGA